AUGCCGGCACUCAGCGCGUUGCCGUUCCUGAAGCCGGCGCAGCUGCGCUCGCCCCGCAGCCCGCCCGGGGGCCAGCGCCGGCACACGCUGCCCGCCAGCGAGUUCCGCUGCCUCGGGCCCGGCGACGCCGCCAGCGUGUUCGAGAUCGAGCGCGAAGCCUUUAUUUCGGUUUCUGGGGACUGUCCCCUGCACCUGGAUGAGAUCCGACACUUCCUGAACCUGUGCCCGGAGCUGUCCCUCGGCUGGUUUGAGGAAGGGCGGCUCGUGGCCUUCAUCAUCGGCUCCCUCUGGGACCAGGAGAGGCUCAGCCAGGCAGCCCUGACCCUGCACAAGCCGCAGGGCUCGGCCGUGCACAUCCACGUGCUGGCCGUGCACCGCACCGUGCGCCAGCAGGGCAAGGGCUCCAUCCUGAUGUGGCGCUACCUGCAGCACCUGCGCUGCCUGCCCUGCGCCCGCCGCGCCCUGCUCAUGUGCCAGCCCUUCCUCGUGCCCUUCUACCAGAAGUGCGGCUUCCAGGCGCUGGGGCCCUGCCAGGUGACCGUGGGGGACCUGGCCUUCGUGGAGAUGCAGCACGCCGUGCGCGGCCACGCCUUCAUGCGCAGGAACAGCGGCUGCUGAGGGCAGCUGCAGCCCCUCUCCGUGCCCACAUCCAUCAUCCCCAGCUGGCCCUGGAUACAGCUGCUCCCUCUGCCACAUCUGCCUUGCAGCCACGCCGGCCUGGCCCCAUCCCAUCCCUGCAGGGCUGGGCACAGGAGCUCCUGCAGGGUCCUGCUGGAUCCAUCAGCUCCCUGGACUCUGCUUUAGCCAUGGCUGGGCACAGGAAUUCCUGCUGGGUCCUGCUGGAUCCAUCAGCUCCCUGGGCUGAGCACAGGAAUUCCUGCUGGAUCCUGCUGGAAGCAUCAGCUCCCUGGGCUGGGCACAGGAAUUCCUGCAGGAUCCUGCUGGAAGCCUCAGCUCCCUGGGCUCUGCUUGAGCCAGGGAUGGGCACAGGAGUUCCUGCUGGAUCCUGCUGGAAGCAUCAGCUCCCUGGGCUGGGCACAGGAAUUCCUGCCAGGCCCUGCUGGAUCCCUCAGCUCCCUGGGCUCUGCUUGAGCUGCCCUGGCCAUGAGCCCCCUGGGAUGGGAAGGCUUUGCCCUGGGAAUGGCUGGGGGCUCUGCUGGUCUGAGGACACUUGCACCCACCAUGGUUUGCUGAGACACCCAGAAGAGCCCCUGCAAACACGUGCCCCAGCCUGGCACCCCUCCCACCAUCACCACCACCAUGAGUGGAGCACACCAUGGCCAAGCCCUCCCUGAGCAGCCCCCAGGCCAGGCAGGGGCCGUGGCAGCCACCCCCUGCCCACACAUAUCCUUCCAGCCCCCUGAGCUGCACAUUGCAGAGCCUCCCCAGGGAACCAGCCCAAACCAUUUUGGUCCUCCCUGUCCCAGACCCACAGGACAAGCCUUUUGCAAACAAUGCAGGUUGUUGGAAAGCAGCAAAUAAAGAUGUGGUGGUGAUUUUCUA